UAACUCAGAAUCCAUUGUUGUGAAUUUAAGGAAGAAGCAACAUCUUGAAAACUUGAUAUUAAAAUGGUAUCAUCAAGAUCAAGUAGAUAAUAAUAAAGAUGAGAAGUUAUUAGAAGGCCUCCAGCCACACCAAAAUCUCAAAUAUUUGGAAGUGUAUCAGUAUGAGGGUGUGAAAUUUUCAAGUUGGGUCUCUUCUCUCACAAAUCUUGUUAAUUUAAGGAUAAAGAAUUGUAAGAGAUGCCAAUAUCUACCACCAUUGUCUCAUCUCUCCUCUUUAAAAUCUCUAAGUCUUAAGACGAUGAAUGAUUUGGAGUAUAUAUCCGAUAAUGAUAUGAGUAAAGAGGUGCCUGCUUCAUCCACAACAUUAUCAACAACGAUCUUCCCAUCUUUAAAGUCACUCACAAUAGAUGCAUGUCCUAAUUUGAAGGGAUGGUGGGGGAGAACAAGGAGGGAUUUAGUUGCAACAACAUCUGUGUCAACACCAGAUUAUCAACAAGAUCUGUCUCACAACUCAUUGCCUUUUUUUCCUCUUCUUUCUUAUUUGCAGAUUAUUAAUUGCCCUAAAAUGACUUCCAUGCCCCUGUUUCCCAAUCUCAAAGAAUCUUUAUAUUUAGAGAAUGUUAGUUCAAAGCCUUUACAAGAGACAAUGUCAAUGAAUUUUUUAGCUCCUUCUUCAUCCUCUUUAUUAUCCUCUUCUUGUCCUCUCUCCAAAUUAACUCGUAUGAUUUUGGAAUCUAUAGAAGAUAUAGAGUCUUUUCAAGCUGAGUGGGCAUUAUAUUCUCUCAAGGAACUACGAAUUCAAGAUUGCCCUAAACUAACAUCUAUGUCUGGGGCAGUGCAUUAUCUCUCCUCCCUCUGUUGGCUAUCAAUUGACAAUUGUGAGGAGUUCGAUCCAUUAAGAGACAUGCAUGAUGAUGGCAUGGAAUGGCGAUGCCUCAUUUGCCUUCGUGAUUUAUAUUUCACUGGCAUUCCAAAACUAAGGUCUCUCCCUGUGGGUCUUCAAUGUAUUUCCACCCUAAAACAGCUCAGCAUUUCAAACUGUCCCAAUUUAAGGAUUUUGCCGGAGCUCACCUCACUUGAAUAUCUUAGGUUUGAAAGAUGUGAGCCUAAUCAGACAUCACUUCUUGAGAUUAGUUGUCUCACUUCUUUACGGUCGUUGGUAAUUGAUGGCUUUCCCAGUUUGAUUACUUUCCCCGAAUCAAUUAGGAAUCCGAUCUCACUUGAAACGCUUACCCUUUGGGGAUGUCCCAAUCUCACAACACUACCUGGUGAUGGUUUUCUUAAGUCUUUACAAAAACUGGAAAUUAUUAAUUGUCCUCAGUUAGAAUUAAAAUACAAAAAUAAAAUCGAUAAGGAUUUCCCUAAUUUGGAAAUCGAAUGGAUCUGAGACCACACCAGCAAAUGGCUCUACUUAGUCUUUCACUUGCUUCAUGGCGAUAAUUAUCUGAAGAAUUUGAAUAAGUUUCUAGGGCAAUAUGGUCAUGGGAUAAAUCACUUGGAUAGUUUCAAGGUAUGGGAAGUUGAUGCAGCUAAGAAUGAAUUGGAAACACAAAAUGAAAGGAGGUGUAUGUAUCUGGGCAUAUUCAGAACCAUAUGAAAAAGUGCAACAAGUCAACAGCUAAGGCAAUGUACACUCGGGAAGGCAGUAGUCAGUUUCAAGCCCUUAACGUCUUCAAAAGAGCUACCCUCUAUUGUUGUUUGAUGGUCAGGAGAAGCAUUGGAAACCCCAAGUUCUUUCUUCGGAGCCAUUCCUUUUCCUGGCGCAAUGCUUCACUUCCGAUUCUUCAAAAAAAUCAACUGACUUCCACCCUUAUCAUAUAUUCCAUACGUCACACUAAAUAGAUUGAAGUCUAGCACCUGUUGAUAUUUCAACAACAUUCUGGUGAAUGAUCAUUAUUGAUUACUAGCCUCUAGGAAGUGGUUUUAUAUUCAGGUAGUUUGGCAUGGAUGAAGAUAACAACAAGGUGUUAAUAGAACAGAUUUUCCUUUACAAGAAUGGCUUCAUUAUGUGAGCAGCUGAUUCCUUGGAUAUUUAAUGAAUUUUUAGUAAGCUAUUGAAAAUUUUAAUCCCAAUUAGGUAAUUAUUUCAACUCACUAUAUUUAUUUCUUAAUUAAAACAGGUUGGCCAUGAUUCUUAGUUUGUGGCUUUAGUUUCUGUAACUCACUUCACUCUGUAACCAUAUGAAUCAUAAAAUGGAUACUAAAAAUCAUGUUGUUCUCUACAAUGUAACUAUAAAUUUUUAUUUAGUUUUAUCAUCAUUAUAUUGUUAUCUAGGAACUAGGAAGGGAAAAAAAAAAUUGUUUUUCACUUAGGCAGAUGCUUCAUAACAUCAAUAUUAUUGAGAAAAAAAAAAAACCUUGAGAUCUGGUUAAUUGAUUCAAAGGGAUUUAACACAACUACAUUCUUGCAUUAGUGCAUCUCCUUUCUAAGUUCUCUUUGAAUUUACCAAAUACAGGCUCACUUCAUUCUUACUUUUUGUUUCAGGUUUAGUGAAUUCAUCAGUUAUUGAAUUCUGUAUGUAGAAACUUUGAAUUUGGAAACAAAUAGUUUUUAGUGAAUCUACUGCAACUACAAGAAGAUAAAGUGGUGCAAAUCUUGCUCCUAUCUUUAUAUAUCUUAUUUCAAAGAUUAGGUUAUAUAGUUCAUUUGUUUUGAAUUUUUGGAAAUUUGAUUGCAAGAUGGUUGAAAUAGUAUUAUUUUCCUCUCUUUUCCUUCUUUUGAAGUUAAUUCUCAAACUUAUUUUUGAUAGGUUGAAUUGUAUGAAGACUAUAGCUUGGUGUUAGCAGCAAGAUUACUUCCUAUCUUCAAUUAAAGUUCAAUUUCAUGGUGAUGGGCUCUUGGACCUUUCAGCAACCCUCUGUCAAACCUAAGCUUAUUGCAAACGUUUCUCUUUGUGUAAUUUUUUCCAUAACAUAACAAGCUUGUGAGGAAUGUCUUUUUUUUAAUGCUUUUCAAAUUGUAACUCUUUUACCUAUAUACCCUAUCAAAAAAAAAAAAAAAAAAAAUCUUUUACCUAAUACCUUUUUUUUUUUGGAGUCUUUUACCUAUAUACUUGAUAGUACUUUAAAACAUACAUGUGAACUUAAUUACAAGAACUAUCAUAAGACAUAUUUUAUAGGGAUUAAGAAUCUAGCACAUGCCGGUUAUUUAGAAGAAUCAGAUAAUCUGAAAAAAUUUCUAUGGAAAUUUGAUUAAAGGGAUGUAUCGCUUGGAUAGUUUCAUGAUUUGAAAAGCUGAUGUAGCUAAGGUACUCAAUUAGAUUCGUCUAUUAUCAAAUUUGAAGAAUCCUAAGCUUUGGCAAGUAAACAUAUACAGAAUAGGUAAUGAACCUUGUAUACACUUCUGUUAUGUUUUACUAUGCAGUUCUUGAGGUUGAAAAGGGAGUAUUUGAGGUACAUUCUACCUUGGCUGACACUCAUCUAGGAGGCGAUGAUUUCGAUAUGGUUGAGACGAGAGAAAUAGAGAAUAGUUGAUUGGCUUAUUGAAAAAUUUAAGAAAGAUAAAGGCAUAGAUCCUCUGAACGACAAGCAAGCUCUUCGUCUCACAAAGAUUGCUGAGAAAGCGAAGUUGGAGUUGUCAUCUCUACCAAUAUCAAUAUUAGUCUACUUGCCUCAUUGGAUUACAACUGCAAUUGACUUUCUCAUAGGCUUUGAGCACCAUUUGAAACAUUUGAAACUUCCUUGAGAGAUGCAAAGCUUUCCUUCAAAGAUAUAGAUAAAGUUGCUGUUCUUGGGGCUGCCAUUCAGAAGGACUUGAAACUUUAGGGGUUGCAGUGACAGAGAUUAUCCCAAGGAACACAACCUCACCAACUUCCAAAUCAGAGGUGUUCUCCACCAUAGCAAAUGGACAAACCAGUGAAGGGAUUAAAGUCUAUCCGGGUGAGAGAGUUCUUUAUCUAUCUAAAAAAUGGAUGAGAGAGAGUUAGUGAAGGCCAACAAAUCCCUUGAAAGCUUUUCCUUAGACGCCAAAACCAAUGUGAGCACCAUGCCAAGUGAUGAGCUUAUGUUACCUGCAUUUUAUCAAAGUUGCAUUGAUAUGAUUAGCUAGUGGGAGAGGUUGACCUCUAAAAAUGGAUCCUGUGAGUUAGACGUAUGGCCUUAUCUUGAAAACAUGUCAAGCGAUGUGAUUUCAAGAACAGCAUUUGGAAGUAGCCAUAAAGAAGGAAGAAGAAUAUUUGAACUUCAAAAAGAGCAAGCACAACUCUUUGUAAAAGUAUCACAAUCUGUAUACUUUCUUGGACUAAGGUUUUUACACACAGGAGAAUGAAGGAAAUUGAAAGAGAAGUACAAGACUUACUGAUGGGAAUCAUUAACAAAAGGGAGAAGGCAUGCAAAGGCAGAAAUGACGACUUAUUAGGCAUACUAAUGGAAUCAAAUUCUAGAGAGAUUAAGGAAUUUGGUAAUAAGAAGAGUGUUGGAAUCAAACUUGACUUUGAUGGGUUAAAUCGCCUUAAAAUUGUAACCAUGAUAUUGAAUGAGGCUCUGAGGUUGUACCCACCAGCAGCUUCGCUACUUCGAAGAGUUCACAAGGAAACCAAGCUGGGAAAUAUGAUUAUACCAGCUGGAGUGGAGAUUACUCUACCAAAAAUCCUAGUCCACCAUGAUUAUGAACUGUAGGGUGAGAAUGCAAAAUAGUUUAAGCCGGAGAGAUUUUCAAAAGCCAUUUCAAAGGCAACAAAGGGCCAAGUAUCAUUCUUUCCAUUUGGUGGGGGUCUGAGGAUAUGUGUUGGUCAAAACUUUGCUCUGGUAGAGACCAAGAUGGCUUUGCCACUCAUUUUUCAAAACUUCUCAUUUGAGAUGUCCUCAUCCUAUGCUCAUGCUCCUUGCUCAAUCAUAACUCUUCAACCUCAAUUUGGCGCCCACGUUAUAUUACAUAAGAUAUAGUACCACAAAGUUGUUCCAGUUAAGCAAGAUUUAUCACCAUCGUGCCUCAUGGCUUAUUUGGUGUUCUAUUUAUUAUUUAGUGAUUAAAAUCUCAUUUUCUAAAGAACAAGAAACAACAUAUUAUGAUUUC